GGCCUGCCGGGGGAUGGCCCGGUGUGUAGCCGCCGCGACCGCCGUCUCCCCGGCCGCAGGAACCGAAGUCGCCGUCGCUGCCGCGGCCUGGGGCGCCGGCCGCGCGCAGCCAUGGAGGACUUCAUCGUGAUCUCGGACGACAGCGGCUCCGAGAGCUCCGAGGGGACCCGCUCGGGCCGAGCGCGGAGGCUGCGGCGGGCCCUGUCCCGGACCUCCGGCGCGCUGCCCCGCCGAACCGUGGACUUCAUCGACUUAACCCGGGAGAGCAGACCGAGGCCCAAGGAUCGCGGCGGGAUCUGUGUGAUCGACCUGACGACCACUGAGGACGAAGCCAGACCCAUCGCCACUUUCGACUUGACCCUAGAGCCUGUUACUCCUCCCCAGAAGGAGUCGGCCAACCCUCACACGUGUCCCGGCCUCUCCAGCAAGGAGGCGAGGGAAGGGCGGGCGGACAGAAGCUCGUGGCCCGGGGCACGGAGGAUCAUUAACAGCGACCCCGUGGAUGUGGACCUCUGGGAAGAGACCGCAUUCGAAGACCCCCAGCCCUCUCCAUCCGUCAGCGGGGACUCUGUUCAGCUAGCAGAGCCGAACUGCAGCUCGACCACGUUCAAAGGGGACCUCGGCUUCUUGGCCGGCCUGCAGCCAUCUUCAGACGUCCACCCCCUCUCCCCGGUGAGCAAUAAUGGUGGCGGCGGCAGUCAGAGGGCGCCCUUGGUGUGCCCACAGCAAGAUGCAGCUUGCCCGCCGCAAGCCUUGCUGUGCCCGCUGCGAGCCUUGCCGUGCCUGCCGCGAGACUCGCCAUGCCCACCACGAGCCUCCUCGUGCCCACCCCGAGCCUUGUCGUGCCCAUCAGAAGCUGUGCAGUGCCAACUACAAGCUUUGCCUAACCUGCUUCAAGAAGUGCCAUGCCCUCAGAACGGGCCAUGCCCACCUCAGGACUCAUCGUGCCAUCCUCAGCACUCACCAAGCCCACCUCAGGACUCACACUGCCCACCUCAAGACUCCCUGGGCCUACCUCAAGGGGUACCAGGCCCACCUCCACUCAUAUCACAUCCACCAGACGUGGCAUACCUGCAGGGCACACCGUGGUCACUGGGAGACAUGCCACGGUCACCAGAUGUGCCACAGUCAUCAGGAGACACGUCACAGUUAUUGCGAGACGUGCCACAGCCACCAGGUGAUGCACUGCAGUCACCUACAGACAAGCCGCAGACACCUACAGGCAUGCCACAGUUACCUACAGACAAGCCGCACUCACCUGCAGACAAGCCACAGUCACCAAGAGGCAUGCCGCAGUCACCACCAAGAGAUGUGCCACAGUCACUAGGAGGUAUGCCGCAGUCACCAGUGGGGGCGCCGCAGUCACCUGGCAAAAUCUCACACUUACCCGAUGUGCCACACUCGCCUGGAGACAUGCCACGCUGGCCAGGAGGCGGGCCCGACCCUCCCCCAGACGACGCACAGAACUGCGACACCCCCAUGGACGUCUCGGCUCCCUCCUCUCCGAGCUGCGCCCCCAGCCCUCAGUCUCCGCCGUCCGAAACCUCCUUACACCCAGUCCCGUGGCUCUCGGUCACCGAAGCUCCGGCCAGAACGGAGAUGGCCCUGCCGGGGCCCGCCGACCCCGGGCCCGCCCAGGUGGCGCCCAGCGCGCUGUACAACAGGCCCUGCCUGCACAGACUGAAGUACUUCCUGCGGCCGCCGGUGCACCACCUCUUCUUCCAGACGCUGAUCCCCGACAAAGACGUGAGAGAGAGCAAGGGUCAAAAGCUGGAGCCCAUCCCCCAUCGAAGACUGAGGAUGGUGACAAACACCAUCGAAGAGAACUUCUCCCUGGGCACCGUGCAGUUCCUGAUGGACUUCGUGUCGCCCCAGCACUACCCACCCCGCGAGAUCGUGGCCCACAUCGUGCAGAAGAUCCUGCUCAGUGGCUCGGAGCCGGCCGACGUGCUCAAGGAGGCCUACAUGCUCCUCAUGAAAAUCCAACAGCUCCAUCCAGCCAAUGCCAAGACAGUGGAGUGGGACUGGAAGCUGCUCACUUACGUCAUGGAGGAAGAGGGGCAGAGCCUGCCGGGGCGAGUCCUCUUCCUGCGCUACGUGGUGCAGACGCUGGAGGACGACUUCCAGCAGACCCUGAGGAAGCAGCGGCAGCACCUGCAGCAGUCCAUCGCCAACACGGUGCUCUCCUGCGACAGGCAGCCCCACAACGUCAGGGACGUGAUCAAGUGGCUGUUCCGAGCGGUGACGGAAGGCGGGUUACCCCCACCCCUGCCUGGGGGUCACGCCUCGGCGGGAGCAGGCGUCUCGAAGGCCAGCAGCAGCCACCCCUCGGCCCAGCCGGCCCUGACGAAGAACACCACGCAGGUGGUCGUGUGCCAGCUGCAGCGCAUGCUGUCCAUAGCCGUGGAGGUGGACCGCACGCCCACCUGCAGCUCCAACAAAAUCGCCGAGAUGAUGUUCGGGUUUGUGCUGGACAUCCCGGAGAGGAGUCAGAGAGAGAUGUUCUUCACCACCAUGGAGAGCCACCUGCUGCGCUGCAAGGUGCUGGAGAUCAUCUUCCUGCACAGCUGCAAGACGCCCACCCGCCUGCCCCUGUCCCUGGCCCAGGCCCUCUACUUCCUCAACAACUCCACGUCGCUGCUCAAGUGCCAGUCGGACAAAACCCAGUGGCAGACGUGGGACGAGCUGGUGGAGCACCUGCAGUUUCUGUUAUCCAGCUACCAGCACGUGCUGAGAGAGCACCUGCGGAGUUCAGUGAUCGACCGGAAAGACCUGAUCAUCAAGAGGGUGAAGCCCAAGCCGCAGCAGUGCGAUGACAUCACCGUGGUGGACGUGGAGAAGCAGAUAGAGGCCUUCCGCAGCCGCCUGGUCCAGAUGCUGGGGGAGCCGCUGGUCCCCCAGCUGCGAGACAAAGUGCACCUGCUGAAGCUCCUGCUCUUCUACGCCGCAGACCUGAACCCCGAUGCAGAGCCCGCCCCCGAGCGCUGGGGCGCCCCCUGAGGGCCUGCGACGCCCGCACUGGGUGCCGAGAAUACCUCCCGAACUCUCUCGCCGGCGGCUCCCGGAGUCCUGACAGUACGAGACGUAGCUGAGUCUUAGAGGACCAAACCCACCUUAUUUAUCUGUAGGUUACAACUUUCUAACUCUCUAGCAAACACUUUUUGAUAAUCCAGUGCUAGCCUAUUCUCAGAUAUGGCUUAAAUAUAUAGGGUGUAUAUAUUUUUUGAUAAAUUAUUUAUCUAUACUUUUUGAAACAGGUAAUAAUACUAUAUGCACUUAGUAUAUGUUUAACAUUUCCGUUCAAGAUGUGAAAAAAACCCCUCUGAACAGACCCUACACGUCAAUGUCACGUCACUCCAGGUACUGGCCACCUGUUUCUAAGAGAAGGGCGUAUCCGUUCCUCCCUAAUGAAACACAGCCACCCACAUUAUGCCGCACACAGACCGGACUUUGUGGCCAGUCCAUUGAGAUCUCAUGUAAUGAGGUGGAAGACGGGAGGUCAGAAACAAGAGGAUGAGUGUGUUGCAAAGAUGUUUAAGGGAUACAAUAAAAAGGCAAUGAAUGGUUUUUCAAAACACCAAGUUUCCUGCUUAGGUUCCGCGGCUGAGUAGGCAGAAUGCGGUGAGCACUCCUAACGGGACAAAGGAAGCAGCUAUCCACGUUUGAGAAAGCAGUACAGAUUUUUAUUGUCAAAACAAGAGAUCUGAGUGUAACAGAACACAAAUAAAUUAAUUGUUCUCGUC